CCCAGCGCGCAAGGUAGCGGUGACACACGUCCCCCCUCCUCCGAACGCGAGUUGGUAGCGUCCGUGACGAAGUUAGCUUGAUCCUCCCACGCGCGCCUCCUUCCUCGCCGCCGCUGCGCCCUCUCGGUGCCGCUGACUCUCACGUGCGGGUAGCCCACCCCGCAUCCUCGUCUUGCCUCGCUCGCAUAAGGAAGUGGCCGUAUUUCCUUCGCCUUCACCCAGGCAACGGGGGGCAAAUCGGCCAGGCCCGCCCGCUGACGUCACCUCAUAGCCCCGCCCCCUCUAGGGUCCCAGGCCCUGGCGGCGGGGGUUGCCCGGGGGGGUGGGGGGGGAGUCAGUUGAGGCGGCGGGAGCUCGGCGGAGGGUGGGCCAGGUGACUGGUCCAGGCCAUGCCGAGAAAGAAGCCCUUCAGCGUGAAGCAAAAGAAGAAGCAGUUGCAGGACAAGCGGGAGCGGAAGCGAGGGCUCCAAGAUGGGCUGCGAUCCAGUUCCAACAGCCGCAGCGGGAGCAGGGAGCGGCGGGAGGAGCAGACCGACACCUCGGACGGAGAAUCUGUGACCCAUCAUAUCCGCAGGCUCAACCAGCAGCCUUCCCAGGGGCUGGGUCCUCGAAGCUAUGACCCAAAUCGAUACCGGCUGCAUUUUGAGCGAGAUAGCCGGGAGGAGGUGGAAAGGAGAAAGAGGGCAGCCCGCGAGCAAGUGCUACAGCCGGUCAGUGCUGAGCUGCUGGAGCUGGACAUCCGGGAGGUCUAUCAGCCUGGCUCAGUCCUGGACUUUCCCCGACGUCCUCCUUGGAGCUAUGAGAUGUCCAAAGAGCAGCUAAUGAGCCAGGAGGAACGGAGCUUCCAGGAGUAUCUUGGGAAGAUUCAUGGGUCUUACACCUCUGAGAAACUCAGCUACUUUGAGCAUAAUCUGGAGACAUGGCGGCAGCUGUGGCGUGUGUUGGAGAUGUCUGACAUUGUCUUGCUUAUCACUGAUACCCGACAUCCAGUUGUGAAUUUCCCACCAGCACUUUACGAGUAUGUGACUGGAGAACUUGGAUUGGCCUUGAUCUUGGUCCUGAACAAGGUGGAUCUAGCCCCACCGGCUCUCGUGGUUGCCUGGAAGCAUUAUUUUCACCAACACUAUCCCCAGCUCCACAUAGUCCUUUUUACCUCUUUCCCUCGGGACCCCCGCACCCCACAGGAUCCUAGUAGCGUGUUGAAGAAGAGUCGGAGGCGGGGGAGAGGAUGGACUCGGGCCCUGGGGCCGGAGCAGUUGCUGAGAGCCUGUGAAGCCAUCACUGCAGGGAAAGUGGACUUGAGCAGCUGGCGGGAGAAGAUUGCCCGAGAUGUGGCAGGGGCCACGUGGGGAAACGGCUCUGGGGAGGAGGAUGAAGAAGAGGAUGGACCUGCCGUCCUGGUGGAGCAGCAGACUGACUCAGCGAUGGAGCCCGCCGGCCCGACCCGGGAACGCUACAAAGAUGGGGUGGUGACCAUUGGCUGUGUGGGUUUCCCCAAUGUGGGCAAGUCUUCUCUGAUCAACGGGCUGGUGGGCAGGAAGGUUGUGAGUGUCUCCAGAACUCCCGGCCACACCAGAUAUUUUCAGACCUACUUUCUCACCCCCUCUGUGAAGCUCUGUGACUGCCCUGGCCUCAUAUUCCCAUCCCUUCUGCCCAGGCAGUUACAGGUUCUGGCAGGGAUCUACCCCAUUGCCCAAAUCCAGGAGCCAUACACUGCCGUGGGCUACCUGGCCACUCGAAUCCCUGUGCAGGUCCUGCUCCACCUGCGCCACCCAGAGGCCAAGGAUCCCUCAGCGGAACACCCCUGGUGUGCCUGGGACAUCUGUGAAGCCUGGGCAGAGAAGCGUGGUUAUAAGACAGCUAAGGCAGCGCGGAACGAUGUGUACAGAGCAGCCAAUAGCCUCCUACGGCUGGCAGUGGACGGGCGCCUCAGCCUGUGUUUUCAUCCCCCGGGCUACAGUGAACAGAAAGGCACCUGGGAGUCCCAUCCGGAGACCACAGAGCUGGUGGUUUUGCAGGGCAGGGUGGGGCCAGCAGGUGACGAGGAGGAGGAGGAAGAAGAAGAGCUGAGCAGCUCCUGUGAGGAGGAGGGAGAGGAGGACCGGGAUGCGGACGAGGAGGGGGAAGGGGAUGAGGACACCCCAACUUCAGCUCCAGGGUCCGGCCUGGCUGCCCGAAACCCUUACGCCCUACUGGGAGAGGACGAGUGCUGAGUCCCUGCCCUGCUCCACCUGCUCCCCCCAGCGUCUCUGCUUCUGGACUGACCUGGGGGUACCUCCCCUCUGCUGCCCCAGUUGUGAAUAAAGAUUGUCUGCUUUGUAGCCCCUUCCCCGAAUGGACUGAGGUGAGAGCGGCUGUUUUAGCCACCAGCUGCAGGAGGCCUCUCUCCUCUCCUUUCUUUCCCCUCUUGGGGAAGGAAGAGUUCUCUUAGGGGUUAAUUCACUGGGUUGUAAGGCCCUGAAGUCCACUGUCUCUGCUCACUCUCCCACUCUGCACCGUAUGAAUCCCAUUAUCAACAUGGGGAGGGGAAGUCACUUCAGGCUUUGAGGCCUGGUCUGAAUCCAACCCUCUUUCGGAGUUUGUGCCAUUCCUUCUCUCUUGUGUGCCCCCCUGCUGCUAGACCUGUGUCUACUAAGGUCUACUAGUAAGGAGCUUUUUGGAGCAGAAGUGAUAAGAGGUGGGACAAGCUGAUGUCUCCAUGUGAGCUUUUUAUAGGAUUUAUUCAAAUUUAACAAAUACUUAUGAAGGACCGACCGUGUGUCUGGAUCUCUGCUAAGCACUGAGCAUAUAAAGAUGCGCAGACAGGGCCUGACCUAAAUGUGCAUGCAGCCUGGCCAUGAUUAAGACCCCGUUCUCAGGCACCCAAGUUUUUGGAUUAAGAAGGGUGUGUGAUAUUCUCCAAAUCUUUGGGGCUCAUACACUAUAAUUUUAGGACUUCCUGUUGAUAGAAAUUUUUAGUUAAGACAACGUUUGUGAAAAUGGUGAUUAAAUGUGUACAAGUAGCAUCUUAAUUACUGGCAAACAACUAGUGUGCACAUUUAUGAUUUAAGCAGACCAGCCCCUUAAGUACAGUGUUAAGCUUUAUUAUUUAAAGGCCCAUAUGCACUAAAGGUCUAUGAGAUUCAUAGGAGAGGGCACAGAGCCAGUGGUUUGUUUUUUGUUGG